UCGAUGCACGGCUGCAAUGAGCUGUGUGGCACGCUCUGUGAUAAGCAAAUCCGAUUUCGAUGGACUGAUGGAAAUCCUAAGCCUUUCGUUGUAGACAGUUAGAUGAUCCUCGGGAUUCAAAUUAAUUAAAGGAUCGGAUCGUUUUACGGCUGAAGAUCCUGUGCUGAUGUCCAAUAGCGGAGCUGGGUGAGAUAACACUCUCGCCGGCUUCCUCCUCCGUCCCAUAUGUGAGUUGUGAGUCGUGACUGAGAUUGUCCGAGUUUGAACUUUGAAGCGCUCAUAACUCGUCAACCUGGACUCACUUCUCUGACUCCACCGUAAACGAGGGAAAGGAAAAUGGCGACUCUAGCUCGUUUGUCCAGAAGAGCCCUAAAACCUAAUCUCUCGCCUUCAUCUCUUCUUCCGCGUGGUCUGUCCACCGAAGCAGCGAAAGUAACUGCAACUGAUCGAGUGAAAUGGGAUUAUAGAGGGCAGAGAAAAAUAAUCCCCUUAGGGCAAUGGGUUCCUAAGGUCGCCGUCGACGCCUAUGUGGCUCCGAAUGUAGUUCUAUCCGGCCAAGUUACGGUUAACGAUGGAUCUUCCAUUUGGAAUGGAUCGGUUCUUCGCGGCGAUCUCAACAAAAUCACCGUCGGGUUCUGCUCAAACGUGCAGGAGCGAUGCGUUCUCCAUGCGGCUUGGUCGUCUCCAACAGGACUGCCGGCAGAGACAUCGAUCGAGAGGUUUGUCACAAUUGGGGCUUAUAGUCUGUUGCGGUCCUGCACAAUUGAGCCCGAGUGCAUCAUAGGUCAGCAUUCCAUUCUUAUGGAAGGCUCGUUGGUGGAAACUCACUCCAUCCUUGAAGCUGGUUCUGUAGUCCCACCAGGCAGGAGGAUUCCAACUGGCGAACUUUGGGCUGGAAAUCCUGCAAGGUUUGUUAGGAGCCUGACCCAUGAGGAAAUUUUGGAAAUCCCCAAACUUGCCGUUGCAAUCAAUGAUCUGAGUAAGAGCCAUUUCUCGGAGUUCCUCCCUUACUCCACAGUUUAUUUGGAGGUUGAAAAGUUGAAGAAAUCUUUUGGGGUUCUCAUUUGAAACAAGUUUUCAUUUUGCCAAUACAUUAAUCAGCAGCUCCCAGAUAAAAUAAGCACCUUCGAGUACUCUCUUUUAUGGAAGCUUUUGAAUUCCGAAUGCGUGUCUUUUGGGUUGGAUUAUUGAUGAAAGAAUUGGUUGUAGAUUCAAUUUGGCGAUGUAAAGGGGAUGCCGGGUGACGUCAUUCUCGCCUCGUUUGAAUUGUGCACUGUUAUUCAUUCGACAAGUGAAAAUUGAGGUAGGUACUCCGCUAUUUGGGAACA